AAUGGCACAGCCAAGAAGGUGUUAAUCUGCACUAGAGAUCCUCCCCAAGUUCCCAUCCAACUCAAACCAUGGUGAGAUAUUGGGGGUUCCGCUGAUCCAGCCCAGCUCCAUUGUUGCCAGGCACACGGGUGACAACGCUCCAGAGCGGCUGGGGACGGGCGGCUCCAGAGACGGUGACAGAGGCUGGGCUGUCUCAGGGCAGGAUGCUCCCAGCAGAUCCCUGGCUGGGCUGUGUGAGUUCUGCUGGGCCAGACAGCACCUGGAGUGAUGGGGACGAGGCUGCUGGGAGCCACCAUACUCCUCUCCCUGGUGGAUGUUCUCCAGGCCUUUGCCAUUGAGAAGAAAGGGGAUGUGUUCAAGAAGACAGCGUGUCCCGCCUUCCUGAUAUUCGAGAAUGUCGCGUACUUGGUGGACAUGACCUUUGAGCUGCCCUGCAAGUGCAAGCCCGAGGAGGCCUCCUCUGUUGUCUGGUACUUCCAGAAGAACCUGCACAGCCACGAAACCACGGUGCUGACAGACUUCAAUGGCACCGUGAUUGUGGACUCGAGCCACGUCCGUGCGGGCAGCGACCUCCUGAAGCGCUUCAGCAUCCGCAUGUUCAGUCUGAUCGUGUUCCGAGCCCAGGUGAGGGACUCGGGCCAUUACCUGUGUGGCACCAAGGAAGGGCUCUUCUUCUACGGCUAUGACGUGGACGUGCAGCCCACCAGGCAGAUCACAGUGGCUUUUCUGGAUAAUGACGAGCACAUCCAAGAGGACUACACAGGGAAGGAAUUCACCCUCUUCACCACCUUCUGGGACUGGACCGGCUGUGACCGCUGCGGGGUGCGGGGCGAGCAGCGGCGGAUCGGGCUCUGUUACGUGCAGAGUGCCCAGCUGAAGCCCCGGUACCGCACGGCACUGCCCAACGUCACCUCCUGCGGCUCCAGGGCCGUGCCCGCACACUUCCGGCGCCUCAUCCACCUCCGGAGCCCCGAGGUGGCCAUCCGGAGCUGCCUGGCCCCUUGCCCAAAGAAGGAAGUCGCCGAGGAGGGCGUGCAGUCCAUCUCCAACAUCGUUUACAAGCUGGGCGAGAAGCCCGAGCUGCCCCGCGUCCCCAUCCAGUACCACAACCAGCCCCCCAAAAGUGACCUGGUCAUCACGUGCCCGGGAGCGCGGCCGGAGCACGCCGUGGCCUGGGACAAGGGCUCCGUCCGGCUCUACCGCUCCCACUACCUCGUGGGGGUCAGGAAGCACAUGAGGCUCUUCAUCGACCACGGGAACCACCUGCACCUCCAGCGAGUGCGCAGGAGGGACAAAGCCACCUACUUCUGCUGGCGGGAGGGCGAGCUGGUGGCCGGCUUCCAGCUCAGCGUCACCUUCCAGCCCCGGCGCCAGCGGAGCCCCACCGACCCCGAGUCAAUCUUCGUCAUGAGGGCUGUGGGCAUCAGCUUUGCCAUCAUCAUCGGCAUCUUCUUCCUCAUCCACAUGUCCCACUGCCGCUCUCAGGUGUUCAGGAAAUUGGUCAAGUCAUAGCAGCUCCCGCACAGGACACUCGGACACCUUGGAUCACCCUCACACAAGAAGUUUCCAAUGUGAGGACCAUUUUCAUAUAUUUUGGUUUCAACAUUUUUUUUCAAUGUUAGGUUUUGACCUUUUGAAGGGAAAAUAAUUUUUUUCCCAAAUUAAUCUGGCAAAUUUCUUCAGAA